CGAUUACAUGAUUGUUGUAGUCGGUAGGUAGCCAAUCAAAACCGUUCGCCGUUCAUUGUAUUUUCGACUUUCAUAAGUACCACAUGGACAAACAUACCGUGAUGUGCACCACGUUCAUACGGUUGCGCGCUCUCGCAACUGAAAUUCAUGUGCAAACGACUCUAUGACAGUCGCACAAGUUGGACCAUAAACUGUACUUCAAAAUUAACUCCAGCCGGCAUCUGCAGGAGCUUCUCUUGCAACUGUAACGUAACGGGUUUGCUGUCAGAAUCCGUCAUGCCGAUAUCCCCCAACCACAUCAUGAUACCGGGGAUGGAUUCCACAUGGGAUCCCCGAUACGUUUGGGUUGACGCCUGGUGAUGAAGUCCAGGGAUGAGUCGGCGAGAAUUCGCGAAGCUCGCGCUCCUACUAUAUUGCCACUCGCGAACCACGGUGAUGAAAGCAACUUCGUUCUUCCCCAUCCAACUUCCUGCCCAUUGAUGGCGUCUUUCAGACGCUGGUUCCUAGCGGCUCUCGCUGCAUCUGUCGUCACGGCCGAGCAAGUUCAGAAAUCAGGCUUGCAACUUCCCGCCAGUGCCGCCGCCCACCAGGAAGCAGUCAAGGAUCUUUUUGUCACGAGCUACGAGGCUUACCAGACGUAUGCCUGGGGGCAUGAUGAUCUGUUGCCCAUUUCAAAAAAGUACUUUGAUGGACGGAACGGAUGGGGCGCUUCUAUUGCCGACGCUAUGGGCACUAUGUGGAUUAUGGGGUUGACAGACUGGUUUGAAAAAGCUGUCGAGCACACUGCUAACACCAACUUUACCGUUUCGCAAACUUCUGACACCGUCAGUCUGUUUGAAACUACUAUUCGUUAUGUUGGAGGCUUCCUAAGUGCGUAUGAGCUCAGCGGGGAGAAGUAUCCGGUUCUGGUUGAAAAGGCCCAGGACCUCGCCGAUCAAAUGGCCUAUGCAUGGGUUGCGGCAAACCAAUCUAUUCCGUAUGGUUAUAUAGACUUUACGGACCACCAACCCACCCUCGACACUUCAAACAUCGCCGAGGCUGGUACACUUACCCUGGAGUGGAAUCGUCUCAGUAAGCAUACCGGAAAUUCCACGUACCGGGAAUUGGCUGAGAAAUCUGUUCAAUUUAUGAUUCAAAUGCCGGCCCCUCUCCCCGGUAUGCCUGCUCAAGGCAUCAAUCCAAAGACUGGUGAUUCUAUCGGUGGGUAUGUGACUUGGGGCGGAGGUUCUGACUCUUACUUCGAAUAUCUGAUAAAAUAUGCCCGCCUUACAAAUACCGACGACAACUCGUAUGCCGAUGCGUGGUUGACCGCCGUUGAUACCUCCAUGAAGACGCUCCUAAGAACUUCAACUGUCGAUGACUGGCUGUACCUUGCUGAUUAUGACGAUAACAAGAACAUUCGUCAUGUGGGGUCUCACUUAGCUUGCUUCUACGGAGGCAACUGGAUUCUUGGCGGCAAACUCACCAACAAUGACACAUUGGUUAAUCUUGGUCUUCAGCUCACCGAUGCAUGCUGGAACACAUAUGCGAGCACUGCUACUGGUAUUGGCCCUGAAGUUUUCGCAUACAAGUCCAGCGACGGCAACUACACCGGUAACAGUGCUCCUAACCAAGAUCAACUCGAUUUCUACGACAAGCAUGGCUUUUAUAUCACCAGUGCCGAUUACUAUCUUCGUCCUGAAGUCCUUGAGUCGAACUUCUAUGCUUGGCGUGUGACUGGUGAUACCAAGUACCUCGACAAUGCUGCUAGUGCCACUAGCAACUUCAAGAAGUACCUGUCUACAACUGUUGCUUACACAGGUAUCUGGGACGUUAACAACGUGGAUUCCACCAAAAUCGAUGACAUGGAAAGUUUCUGGUUCGCCGAGGUCCUCAAGUACCUCUACUUGACAUUUGACGACCCCGAUCACAUCUCGCUUGAUGACUGGGUCUUCAACACGGAGUGCCACCCUUUCAAGGCGCCGCCUGCCAAAGCCUGUUAUGGCUCGGGCAACCUUGUGCCAUCUAAACCAUUCUCCCCGGAGAGCCCCAUCAGCGUUCCUCUACCAGCUAUUUCGCCGAUCCCUGCGCUCCUAUAGAGUCUAGUAUCCUAAUGGUCAUUGAUUGUUUAGAGUUGGUUCUAACAUUACAUUGCCCGGACAUAUCACCUUGCAUGAGCAGUCCUUCGUUUAUUGUUAUCGUUAUUUUAGCUCGAACAAUACCUCUCGUUGACAUUUUGACUUGCAAGAGUAGCUUUCGUUAAUUGAUGAUACUAUCCUUUGAUUUUGAGAUUUCAUGGGCAGUCAUUAGCAUUGCUAAACAAUAGAGCUCUGUUUAUGAAAAGGAUAAACUUUG